GCCGUCUUGAGCACUGCGCCAGGCCUGCGACAGCCCCGUCCUCCGAGCCCGUACCCGGCGCCGAGGGCGGCGUGCCGUCAUGCGUGUGCCCUGGACCCACCCAUGCCAUGCCCUAAUACCACCUCAAGGAGAAGCAACCAGAGCCAUGGCGCAGCCGGUCCGUCUGUGACGAGGUCUGUGACGAGGUCUGUGACGACCGAACUGCGGCCUCCAAACUGCGACCUCAGUCACUGCACUGGCCAAUAUCACCAGGCAGUCAGUCAUGUACGCAAACCAGCCUCGGACACAAGUACAAUGCUGCAAAAGCCCCCCCGUCCCCGGUGGUCUUGCCCAACCGGGUGACGGACCACUCGGCCAACAAACAUGCAUGAGUACAUAUCUGGGUUCGCUGCUCGAGAAUCCUGAUGCGUGUCGAGUACAAAACCUGCCGUCCAGACCCGCACAUCCAUCUCCAACUCGGUCACGACCACAACAUACAGCAACAGCAACAGCAACAGCAACAGCAACAAAAAAAACAAAACAAGUCCUCUCCUGGCUCGCUCUUCCUGGCCCCAGCCUCGGCCACGUUCACGUGCGCACAUUGGCCUCGAGCAUUGCCGUGCCAACGGCCCGUGUGUCAGUUCUAGCAGGUGGAGAGAGAGAGAGUCCGCCGGUGCCUCAGACACCCACCGCGCCCAAAGCCCAAUCAGAAGAGCCUCCCCUGUACCAUCGGGUUGAGAACCUGCAGGGGAACCGGGGCCGCCGCGUCUGACGACUCGCAUCCCACCUAACCCCCACCGCCCAGCUUCCCCGGAGACGCCAGGCCAGGCCCUUGGGGCAGCUGGUCCGCUUGGUAGCCUUUUGUCAUAGGCUGCCUCAGAUCUGGACACCUGCGGUUCGGCACGAGCCUGCCGGCUCAGGUCCGGCCUGUCAGAUAUCACCCGUGGCAUCAGGCCGGGCUCCUGGGGCUUCCGUGGGAGAUACCGGGGAGGGCCACGACCAGCUCCCGCCGUCUGGCAUACAAGUCUUUUGAUUUUCGCAAGCAUAAUCACCAUCCACACUCGCUCACUUCUUCCCGCGGGUGCACAUCGUCACCAACGGCGCAGACAGCCGCAACGAAAGCCCAUGCGCACCCGCCUUUUCCAGAAACAAAGAACAAGAAGCCCGCUCAAGGCCACGACGUCGACCUUUCGACAUGGACUUGACCCCGGAGGCGAUCCACGACGUGAUACACCCGACAGCCAUCUACGAAGUGCCAAUCGACCGCCUCGUGCCCGUCCAAGACCCGGCCGACACCCCAGAACCGGCCUGGGAUGACUCGCAACUAAACAUAAAAAACCGUAUCGACAGCACCACUCCUCUGCGAUCGGCGCUCUGGAGCAUAGAUGGCGGUGCAGGGCUAGGGACCCAAUUUUUUGUGGUUGCCAACUUCAUUCAGGAUGCGCCCCCGAUGCGCUUCGACGUCUUCAUAUCCGAAAAGGCCACCGAGUCGAGGUUGAUACGGCAGCUCCUGGACCUGGAUGGUGCCUUUCACGCCCGUGACCGCAGCCGGGUCCGGCAACAGGCGAUCGCUUCCUACAUCGUAAGAGCCCUGCAGAUAUGGACGACCGAGGUGUAUGGGCUCGAGAGGGUCAGGGACAUGUAUUACAGCCAACCCUUCGGGUCCCGCAUCGUUUUUGAGACCCUCCCUUUGAACGUCCGGGAUGCCAAGAUUGUCAUUGGCCCAAUGCAUAAUCUCGAGUACCACCAGCUUUCCCCUCGGGAGUUGGGAGAGAUGUGGGAGAUGGACGCCGAAGAGAUUCCGUCGGCCAUUGACAUUUUCAGCCUGGUCUACGUACAACAGUUGCAAGACAGCGUGUGCCUGGUCAAGUAUCGCGGGGAUGAGGGGAAGGGGAUGCUCUGGGCGCUCAAGGCUCUCGUCAGCAGCGUGAAAUACAUGUACCACGAGCUGAGGAACCUCCUGAGAAUGCCAUCCCACCCGAACGUGCUCGGCAGACCGACCAGAUUGGUCACAAAAAAGACACGCUCCAACGCCAGGAGGACGGUGGUCAUCGGUUUCCUGGAGCCCUAUUACUCGGGGUUCAACCUGCGAGACAUGCUACCAGUGCUGCGGUUGAACAAUAUGCUCCACCUAGAGGACCAGAUCCGAUGGGCCAAACAAAUAUGCUCGGGGCUGCUCCACAUCCGACAUAAGGGCAACAUGUACUACGCGGACAUGCGGCUGGACCAGAUAGUCAUGACGCACGACAAUGUGAGGCCGGUCAUCCUCGACUUCGAGCAGCGGGGGGUCUGGUGUGAGUUCGCUUCCCCAGAGGUCAACGCCCUCGAGUACAUGCGCAUUCUCGCCAGCGACGACUACGACGAGGAUGAUUAUUACGGCGACGAGGAUGACGGGGGCGACCGCUACGCGACGGUUCCGACGGCGGCCGAGACUGCCCAGCUCCGCAACCGCGCGCUCCGUGCUCGCUACGCCGCCCUCCUGGGUCGGCUGCACCCGGGCUGGCGCGACCUCGAUGGCCCCGAUGGCCACUACCGGAACCCGCCACACGGUUACAAUGUGGCCUGGGCGUGCCUAACACCCGCGGAACAGGAGGCCGCCGAGGUCUACAUGCUGGGCCGCCUUCUAUGGUGCGUCUUCGAGGGCAUGAGCGCGCCACAGCGCGGCGCAGUCUGGCAAUCGUAUCGUAACGAGCCUGAGUUUGAGUUCCCUUGCUUCGUGCGCACGCCCCAAAGACUCAGGGGUCUCAUCGAGCGGUGCACCGCCGGCAGGAGGCCGCAGCUCAGCGGCCUCGUCGUCCGUAGGGGAAACAAGCUCGAGCUGCGGUGCGAUGGUGCCGCCCACGCUCCCGCCGGCGAGCUGCAGCUAUCUGGGCCGCCGGAACCGAUGCAGCAUCUGAUCCGCAACUCGGGCCGGGAUGCCAAGAUCCGCACCAUACGCCGGAUUGCUGCCGACUUUUGGCGGUCAGAGAUAGACUGGGCUGAGGAAUUCCUGCUCGACAGAGAGCAGAAGAUGAAGGAAGGGGUUUGGGAGGAAAAUUUCUUUGGCCGGCCCUCUCUUGCGGAGGUUGAUGGCGCUUUGGCAGCUUUCCAAGCGUGAGGCGACAGGGGAGUGAGUGACCUGAGAGUGAGAGAUUUAGAAAUGCUCCUAGUUCUGUGGGAGCCACGUAGGGCACCUCAUGAACGCGCUCUGCGCCAUUGGCGAUGGUUCAUAUAGAGGGGAGGGUAGGUGCGACCGGCCUGGUGCCCGGAAGCGCCUUUGCCUUUCCCCCCCUUACCACUUAGGCAAUCAGUCGUACACACAGGCAGCAUUGUUUUCGAUGACACUUGGGCCGUCAUAGUAUUAGCCACGCCACGAUCAAGACCAUAGAGGACUGAAAAGACUGAAAGGGGACAUGGCACAAGCUGACACGACCAGGACAUUCCUCGCUGCGUCUGAGUAUCCGUGAGUCGUUUUAACUGCCUAUCAGAGACAAUCUCAACAUUGGUAUAAGCAUAAAAGACUAGCUCUCCGGCGCCAAAGUUCGCCCAUGAGGUGUGUCCACACAAGGAAACCUCAAACAUGGACAACCCUGAACAGCACGGUUGCUCUCCCCUUUCUGACUUAUUCCACGAGGCAUCACUUGACCCUCUUGACCCCACCGUCUCCCACACCCAAGCCACCUCUGCUGCUGUUGGUCCUGCUGCACCGGAACCAACCCUUGUUGGGGGACAGGAUGUGUGCGGGUCAUAAGAGAAGCCCGGCCGUACGCUCCUCAUGGACAAGAUGAGUUCCCUUAGUCGGACCACAUACGUUGCAGGUGGGUUAGAUCCACCCAGCCGGUCUUCGAUUUCCUCAAGCGUCUCAAAUCCACUGAUUCUGCUCCGGAAGCCGGCGGAGGACGUCAAUGACAAAGGCAGAUGACCCUUGUACCCGGGCCCUGAUAGUCCUGAGGUAGAGGUUGGUCUCGUUCAAGGCUCCUGCUGUCGGCGCGGGAAACGAGGAUGCGGCGGCACCGCUGCUUGUCGAGGUGAUGGUGGCGGGCAAAUGGGCGACAUGUCGGUUCCAUUGCAGCAUAACAACAUGCAGAAUCCGUACAGGUGUGCUAGCCGCGCUUGUGCAUUUGUGUAGCAGACGAUGGCGAGUCGAACCUAAUUUGUAAGAGGGCCUAAAUCGUGGACACGGCCCUCUCGAUAUGCGCUGCAACCCAAGGUACAUGUCUGUCACCCUCCGUGGCGCUCCUGUCUGAUCGAUGCCUGGCAAGGUCUCGGGAAAAGGCGUCCACGUUGACCAGCACGCGGUCGACGCGCUGCUGGAUCUUCCGAAACGAGUCGCGGGCUUUGGAGCUGGGGCCGAGUAGCCCCAAGAGGUAGGCAAAGAACUGCCUGUUCCUGAGGAGCAUCUUGGCCACUGUGUGAGUGAGAUCCCCACAGGAAAUCAGUGCGCCCUCCCCGGGGACUUGUUGCGGCUCAUCGAAAAUAUCAGGCCGUAAGCGAUUACAGGCGUAGUCAUCAAGACCGGGCUCCUCAACGGACGCUAGUAUCUCACGCACCCCCUGUAAGUGUGCUGGGUUGACCUCGGAGGUGGAGUGAGGGGAUAUGAUUUCGCACGGUAAACUGGUAGCCAGCUGUGCAAUGUGGAAAUCCAAAAUCUUCUAGAAGGGAUGGCCCAUGUUGUAUAUCCAUCUGGUCCAAGGUGCUCUGGAGAUCCGGCCUUGUGGCUGAUCUUGUUGGUCGAUGUGACACGGGGCGGCAGGCGUGUUGGGGGUGAAAGUGGACGUGUGCAGAACCUGGGUCAGGUUAUGGGGAUCUCAAGACCCCCCUCCUUUUUGCAAUCGGGACGGACUGGUAAUUUCAGGGGCAUAGUGUUGAUCAAGAGCAGGUGACUGGUGAGGCAAAGAGCCGCGAACCGAACUGCAGCAACAAGGAGGGCCAGUCAAGCAGCGGCCAAUGCGUGUCGAGAAGAGGGGAGACGGUGAGACGGUGAGACGGUGCUGGGGGGACUGUGUUGGCGACUGCGAAGACUUCGACCAGAACCCAUGCGCCCCCACAGGCCAUAGGGCUGGACAGCGGGGUUGCCGAGACCGACCUCGUUGGUCGGUUCGCAGUGAGGACGGAGGACGGUACGGUGGUCGGUGGUCGUGGACGAAGGCCUAGGGCGCGGUUUGGUCUGAGAAGGCAGCCACACUAAUCAAGUGCUAAUAAAAGGGACGGGACCGCCCUCAGCCCUACGGUCUGGCAGAUCGAUCCGUGCCUUGCGCAAGCCAAUCACGGCUGCCAGUCCCGUCGUGGCUUGACCGAAUCAUCUUGGACCCGCGCCGUACCUGUGCUGCUGGUAGUCAGGCACUAGACUC